CGCGAGCAGGGAAGCCGGGCAGCCCCGGGACUCGGCGGGGCCCGGGGACAGCGAGGACGCCGCCCACUCCACAGGGUAUGAAGCUAAAAUGCAGUUGUUACAACACAGGAGCUUAACAGGCCUGACCUUUGAAUCCCAGUCCCUCCCCUGACGGAGCUUUGUGAUAUUAGUUUUCUCUGAUAGAAUUCAGCUGUUCCUGCCAAUUGGCAAUGGUGCACGGCCUUAAGUCCCAGCACUUGGAAGGCAGAAGCAGGUGGAUCUCUGAGUUUGAGGCCAGCCUGGUCUACAGAGUGAGUUCCAGGACAGCCAGAGCUAUGCAGAGAAACUCUGUUUCUGAAAAAGACAGAAAAAAAAUUGAGCUCUUCCCAUGAUCUCCAGCUUUCCUCCUACUACUCCCUCUCUCCUCCACCAUUGAAUUUGAAGCCUCACAUGUGGUUGUGGGAGCCACACCUGUGGACUUUGCUGAUUUCUGAUGUAAGAACCUGCACCGGAGCUGAAGAAGCUCAAGUUUCAGCCUGAGGCAUGGGCCAGGAGGCCAUGGUGACCUGAGACCAGUGAAUUCUGUCUAAUACAACCUGUUGCUCCUUCUGCCUCCCCCCGUCCUGUGUAGAAAUAGUUUGUAUCCAUCUCAUCAGGGAACUGACCCUAAGAGAGUCUCUUUCCCAUAUUUUUUUUUAUUCUUCUGCCCUACCAAGACUAUUCCAGCCCACAGAACUCCUACCUCCCAUCUCCUGAGGUGGUCCCCACUGCUUCCUCAUUUCUCCUCGCCAUGCUCCAGCUGUGGAAGGUGGUACGUCCCGCUCGGCAACUGGAACUGCACCGCCUCAUACUGCUGCUGAUUGGUUUCAGUCUUGUCUCCAUGGGAUUCUUGGCUUACUAUGUUUCCACCAGCCCCAAGGCCAAGGAACCCUUGCCUCUGCCCUUGGGAGACUGUAGUAGCAGUGGGGCAGCCGGCCCUGGCCCUGCACGGCCACCAGUCCCACCUCGACCCCCUAGGCCUCCAGAAACAACUCGAACAGAACCCGUGGUCCUUGUAUUUGUGGAAAGUGCAUACUCGCAAUUGGGGCAGGAGAUUGUGGCCAUUUUGGAGUCUAGUCGUUUUCGUUAUAGCACUGAACUAGCACCUGGCCGAGGGGACAUGCCCACAUUGACUGAUCAUACCCAUGGCCGCUAUGUCUUGGUCAUCUAUGAGAACCUUUUGAAGUAUGUCAACUUGGAUUCCUGGAGUCGAGAACUGCUUGACCGGUACUGUGUGGAGUAUGGUGUAGGCAUCAUUGGCUUUUUCCGAGCCCAUGAACAUAGCCUAUUGAGUGCCCAACUUAAGGGCUUUCCCCUUUUUCUACACUCAAAUUUGGGGCUCCGGGACUACCAAGUGAAUCCUUCUGCCCCACUACUACAUCUCACUCGCCCCAGCCGCUUGGAGCCAGGACCACUGCCUGGUGACGACUGGACCAUCUUCCAGUCCAAUCAUAGCACCUAUGAACCAGUGCUUCUUGCCAGCCAUCGGCCAGCUGAGCUGCCUGUGCCAGGACCAGUGCUUCGUCGGGCCCGGCUCCCCACUGUGGUACAGGACUUAGGGCUUCAUGAUGGCAUACAGCGGGUGCUGUUUGGACAUGGCCUUUCUUUCUGGCUCCAUAAACUUGUUUUCGUUGAUGCUGUUGCGUACCUCACUGGGAAGCGCCUCUGCCUGGACCUUGACCGCUACAUCUUAGUAGACAUUGAUGACAUCUUUGUGGGCAAAGAAGGUACUCGUAUGAAGGUGGCUGAUGUUGAGGCUCUGUUGACCACCCAGAACAAACUCAGGACCUUAGUCCCCAACUUCACCUUCAACCUGGGUUUCUCGGGCAAGUUCUACCACACUGGGACAGAAGAGGAGGAUGCUGGGGAUGACAUGCUGCUGAGGCACCGCAAAGAGUUCUGGUGGUUCCCUCACAUGUGGAGCCACAUGCAGCCACACCUGUUCCACAACCGCUCUGUGCUGGCUGACCAGAUGAGGCUCAACAAACAGUUUGCUCUGGAGCAUGGGAUUCCUACGGAUCUGGGGUAUGCUGUGGCCCCCCACCACUCGGGCGUGUACCCCAUCCACACGCAGCUCUACGAGGCCUGGAAAUCUGUCUGGGGCAUCCAGGUGACCAGCACUGAGGAGUAUCCCCAUCUCCGCCCUGCCCGCUACCGCCGUGGCUUCAUUCACAAUGACAUCAUGGUGCUCCCCCGACAAACAUGUGGCCUUUUCACCCAUACUAUCUUCUAUAAUGAGUAUCCUGGAGGGUCUCGUGAGCUAGAUCGCAGCAUCCGAGGUGGAGAGCUCUUUCUGACAGUGCUACUUAAUCCGAUCAGCGUCUUUAUGACACAUUUGUCAAACUAUGGAAAUGACCGGCUGGGCCUGUACACCUUUGAGAGCUUGGUGCGCUUCCUCCAGUGCUGGACACGACUGCGCCUCCAAACCCUUCCUCCUGUCCCUCUUGCACAGAAGUACUUUGAACUUUUCCCUCAGGAGCGAAGCCCCCUUUGGCAGAAUCCCUGUGAUGACAAGAGGCACAAAGAUAUCUGGUCCAAGGAGAAAACCUGUGAUCGGCUCCCCAAGUUCCUCAUUGUGGGACCACAGAAGACAGGCACCACAGCUAUUCACUUCUUCCUGAGCCUGCAUCCAGCUGUGACAAGCAGCUUUCCUAGCCCCAGCACCUUUGAGGAAAUUCAGUUCUUCAGUGGCCCUAAUUACCACAAGGGUAUUGACUGGUACAUGGACUUCUUCCCUGUUCCUUCCAAUGCCAGCACUGACUUCCUCUUUGAAAAAAGUGCCACCUACUUUGACUCAGAGGUUGUACCACGGCGGGGGGCUGCCCUUCUGCCAAGAGCCAAGAUCAUCACUGUGCUCACCAACCCUGCUGACAGGGCCUACUCCUGGUACCAGCACCAGCGAGCACACGGAGACCCAGUUGCUUUGAACUAUACCUUCUACCAAGUGAUUUCAGCUUCCUCUCAGGCCCCUCCAGUACUUCGCUCCUUGCAGAACCGUUGUCUUGUACCUGGCUACUAUUCUACCCAUCUGCAGCGCUGGCUGACUUACUAUCCCUCUGGACAGUUGCUGAUUGUGGAUGGGCAGGAGCUUCGUAUCAACCCAGCAGCCUCAAUGGAGACCAUCCAGAAGUUCCUGGGCAUCACCCCCUUUCUGAACUACACAAGGACCCUCAGGUUUGAUGAAGAUAAAGGAUUUUGGUGCCAGGGACUUGAAGGUGGUAAGACUCGCUGUCUAGGGAAAAGCAAAGGCCGGAGAUACCCAGACAUGGACAUGGAGUCUCGACUUUUCCUUACGGAUUUUUUCCGGAACCAUAAUUUGGAACUAUCAAAGCUGCUGAGCCGGCUUGGACAGCCAGCCCCCUUGUGGCUUCGGGAAGAAUUGCAACAUUCCAGUGUGGGCUGAUGCCCCAGCUUUCCCAUACCAGCAAAAACCCUGCUGCUUCACUGAGGGGCAAGCCUUAGAGCAGGGCCCGCAAGGGGGAUUAGCGUGGCCUGGCCCCUUACCCCUCUACCUCAGUGGCCCCCCAGGAUUGGAAUGGCUGAAAAUGGAAGGGCAUCCAUCCCUUUCCCAUAGUUUUGGGGCCUAAAAAAGGGGCUUCCCUUGAUACCCUGUAUCAUGGUACUAGGUACCUUUGACCUAUGAACCUGGGAAGUGAGGAAGAGGGUCCAGGGAGGGGGUAGAAGAAUGUAUUGAUUCAAUGAUUCCCCUCUUCAUCCCCAGCCAGUUUUUCUGUCUAUGCCUACCCAUGAGAGGGCCCUUUGCUAUGGCCCUUUAAUCAGACAAUGGGAUCUACCUGUGGCCUGGCCUCCCUAAUGUCAUUCACAUUGAAUGGGGAUGAGGUCGGACAGUUGCUCAUAGAGCUGAAUAUGAGCCCUAGCUGUGGGCUAGAAAUGUCCUUAAUAAACAUCCUUAUUUUUC